GGAGGAGAGCUUUGAUCAGUGGCCCAAUUCAGACUUGACUUGAGAGAGAGAGAGAGAGAGUCCUCCCGUCCGUGUUCUGUGUUUUUUACUCAGCAAAAAGGCAAGAAAAGAUGUUUGAGACUCAAGUAGUAUUGCGCCUAUCUAACACGUACGGACCACCAUUCUUAUUGAGCUUACCCAAGUCUAUCGCCUCCGCCCAAGGGACUAAAUUGCUUCCCAUCAUACCUCCGCCAAGGACUACUGUGUUCCCAAAACUUAAGAGUUGGCAUUUUCAUCAUCAUCAUUGUCUCCGCUCAGUUUCCGGUGGUGGUGGAAUUAGAGCUACCAUGGCUAAUGCACCAGCAGAGAACCCAAUCACCAUUACUGCUGUUCUCACCGUUAAGAUUUCAUUAAGCCCGAUUAAUGUUGAGGAUAUUCUUGGGAGAACUUUUCAUUUGGAACUCGCAAGUGCCCAACUUGAUCCAAAGACAGGAUUGGAGAAGGAUACUAUAAAAGGGCAUGCACGUUGGGUGAACCAAAACGAGGGGAAUGCAAAGUAUGAGAGCAAGUUGGAGGUUCCUGCAACUUUUGGGGAUGUCGGUGCAGUACUUGUGGUGAAUGAGCACCCCACGGAGCUCUUCAUUAGGACCAUUGUCCUCAAUGGAUCUCCCACUGGUCCUCUCACCAUCACUUGCAACUCUUGGGUCUGUCCCAAGUCGGAUAACCCACAAAAGAGGAUCUUCUUCACCAACAAGUUGCACCAGUCCUACUUGCCAUCACAAACACCAAAUGGCUUGAGGAAGCUAAGAGAGAAGGAGCUUGAGAACCUUCGGGGCGAUGGAAAAGGAGAACGAAAGGUGUUCGAGAGGAUCUACGACUACGAUAUGUACAAUGACCUUGGAAACCCAGACAACAGCAAAGAACUAGCAAGACCAGUGCUAGGUGGUGAGAAGCACCCUUAUCCAAGGCGUUGUAGAACAGGCCGAGAUCCUUGCAACAAAGAUCCCUUGUCCGAGAAAAGAAGCCUAAGCGUAUAUGUGCCAAGGGACGAGGAAUUUUCUGAUGCCAAGACGCUAACAUCCUUUGGUGAGACACUAAAUGCUGGAUUGGAUGCUUUGCUCCCUCAGAUCAGAGCUACUCUCACAGACCCCGAUCUCGGAUUCCCUUCCUUUCCCGCCAUUGAUUCCCUUUUCACUCAAGGGAUGGAGUUACCCCAAGUUGAGGAAGAUCAAGGGCUCUUGGAGAAACUGUCUUUGGGACUUGCCAAGGCUAUAAAACAUGGAGAACGGAUCCUGCGCUUUCAGAUCCCUGAACUGAUUGCUAGAGACCACUUUUCCUGGUUAAGAGAUGAGGAAUUCGCUCGUCAAACACUUGCUGGUGUCAACCCCUAUAGCAUUCAGCUGGUCACAGAAUGGCCAUUGAAGAGUGGCCUCGAUCCAAAGAUCUACGGCCCACCGGAAUCAGCAAUUACGACUGAAAUUGUUGAGCAAGUAAUUGGACAUUCUAUGACUAUCGAUGAGGCCAUAAAGGGAAAGAAACUAUUCAUGUUGGAUUAUCAUGAUGUGCUAUUACCUUAUGUGAAGAAAGUAAGAGAAAUAGAAGGCACGACACUAUACGGGUCUCGAACACUAUUCUUUCUCAAUCCUGAUGGCACCCUAAAAUCCCUUGCUAUUGAGCUCACUAGACCACCUAUAGAUGGCAAGCCACAGUGGAAACAAGUGUUCUUGCCUAGCACUGAUAACACUGAUAGUUGGUUAUGGAAACUAGCCAAAUCUCAUGUGUGCGCUCAUGAAUCAAGCUAUCAUGAGCUUGUCAACCACUGGCUGAGGACUCAUUGUUGUACAGAGCCAUACAUAAUUGCAGCAAAUCGUCAACUAAGUGCAAUGCAUCCCAUCUAUAGACUGUUGCUUCCUCAUUUUCGGUACACAAUGAAGAUCAAUUCCAUUGCUCGGAUGGUACUCAUCAAUGCAAAUGGGAUAAUUGAGAGUUCCUUCUCACCGCACAAGUAUUCAAUGGAGCUUAGUUCUGUUGCCUAUGACAAAUUCUGGCGAUUUGACAUGGAGGGUCUACCAGCUGACCUCAUUAACAGGGGAAUGGCAGUCAAGGAUCCAACAGCUGAGCAUGGUGUCAAGCUGACCAUCAAGGAUUAUCCCUUUGCAGAUGAUGGUCUUCUUAUAUGGACAGCCAUAAAGAAUUGGGUUAUCGACUAUGUCAACCACUAUUACCCGGAUUCUAGCCUAGUUGAAUCUGAUCAAGAGUUACAGGCAUGGUGGACAGAGGUUAGAACCCAAGGCCAUGGAGACAAGAAGGAUGAACCAUGGUGGCCUGUCCUCAAAACAGUGGAAAAUCUUAUUGAAAUCUUGACAACCAUUAUCUGGGUUGCCUCCUGCCACCAUUCUGCUGUAAAUUUUGGUCAAUAUGCAUAUGGUGGUUACUUUCCCAAUCGACCAACAAUUGCAAGGACCAACAUGCCCACUGAAGAACCUUCAGAACAAGUCCUCAAGAAAUUCAUAGAAAACCCUGCAUUAGCACUCCUGCAUUCCUUCCCUUCACAAAUUCAGGCUACAACUAUGAUGACUCUCUAUGAUGUGUUGUCAACACACUCAAUUGACGAAGAGUAUCUUGGAGGAAAGAUGGAAGUAUCAUGUGCUGAGAAUCCAAUUACCAAAGCUGCAUUUAAAAAGUUCAAUGAAAGAAUGAAAGAGAUUGAAGCAAUUAUUGAUGUCAGGAACACGGACUUGAAGCUGAAGAAUAGAACUGGAGCUGGCAUUGUACCAUAUCAACUCCUGAAACCAUUCUCUAAAUCUGGAUUGACAGGGAUGGGAAUUCCUAAUAGUAUCUCUAUUUAGAAUGAAACAUGAGCAUUUUCAUCUAAA